AUGUCCGUCAAUGCCUUGACAAUUGAAACUUUCACCGAAUAUGGAAUUGGCAUGCUCUUCCUCCUAGUCCGGCUAUAUGCUCGACUAUACGUAGGAGGUCUUCGCGGCCUCCGGCUGGAUGAUGUUUUUGCUGUUUGUGGCAUGAUAUUUUGGUCCAUGCUGACUGCUAUCAUCUACCUUCUGGGAGUGUAUGGCAACAACAUCGGGUUAAACGAGCAAACAGCUAUGCUUGUCCCAGACAGCAAAAUCCCCCAUAUGAUCCUCGGAUCGAAGCUGGCCUUCAUGAAUUGGAUAUGGUACAUCUGCUAUAUUUGGUGUCUGAAGGGUGUUCUUCUUUGCCUUUACUGGAAACUCACGUAUGUCAAUGUGCCGCCCAUCGGCGAUCUACACAACUGCACUCUCCGUGAACCUCUUUACAUUGUCAUCGCCGUCUUCAACGUAUUGCAAGUCACCCUAAAAGGCCCAAUUCCCAGAACCGACGAACCCCAUCCUAACACCAUGACCUACAGAUCCGACGCCUGCAUAAUUCUGAUCCCAAUCCCAAUCCUCGCCAAACUCCAAAUCCCCCCUCCAACGCAAGAUAAUCCUGGAAUCUUCAUUAUGAUCUCGACAAUUCUGCGCGCCUACUACUCCCUCUCAUCAAUCACAAACCUCGGCACAGCCCUGGGCUGGGCAGACCGCGAAUGUUUCGUCGCAGCCAUCGUCGUCUCCCUACCCGGCAUCAAACCGCUCUUCCGCAACACGCGCUGGCUGGGCUCGUCGAAUCGCAAGAACUCCAAGAACCCGUAUUACCACAGCGACGGGUACAAUGCAACUGGGUCGAAGACCGGAAAGACGAAGACAGUGGGGGGGUUUGAGCUGGAUGAUGUGCUGAACACAAAUAAGGGGAGUCGCGUUUCCGAUGCGGGGAGCGAGGAGUAUAUUCUUGAGGGGAGUCAGCAGGUGCCGGCUGGUGCUGGGAAGCAGGAUCCUAUGGCUAUUCGGGUUACGACGGAGUAUACUCUUGAGCGUGAGCAGGGGAGGUCGGGUCAGAUGAGGUCUUAA